AGUAUCCCGUUUUAUUUUGCCGUGUAUCUACACAAGUACGCACACUUAGUAGAGCACAGUUGCUAUGAAGGAAGCGCCCCUGGUUACGCUUGUGUUGUCCAAAAAUACCCACAAUGCAUCGCUCACGGCUACUACAUUACGGUGAAUUCUGUGUUCUUGCUGUUGUUGUCGUUUAACGUCAGGAUCGUCCCGAGAUAAUGUAUUGAAACAUUAAAUACAUCAGCCUGUGAGGAGGAAAACAGUGAUCUGUCCAUCUGUACAUAUAGUAUCGUGAUCAUAUGUCAGCAUGAACAAAGAGCAACGAAAUAUCGUUAUUUUCAACGCAUCCAAACGAGAGCUCUUCACCAGCAGCUCUGGAUACAAAUCCCUGCAGAAGAAGUUAAGAGCACAGUGGAAGAUUCAAAGCAUCAAAGAGGAGCUGAGCUUGGAGAAGCUCCAGGGAGUGAAGUUAUGGAUCACUGCAGGCCCUCGAGAGAAGUUCACCGCUGCUGAGCUGGAGGUUCUGAAGCAGCAUCUGGACGGUGGUGGAGGGAUUCUUGUGAUGCUCGGAGAAGGAGGAGAAAUGAAAUACGACACUAACAUCAACUUCCUCCUGGAAGAGUUUGGCAUUAUGAUAAACAAUGAUGCAGUAAUAAGGAACGUCUAUUACAAAUAUUUCCAUCCCAAAGAAGCUCUCGUGUCCAACGGUGUUCUGAACAGGGAGAUCAGUCGUGCCGCUGGUAAAGUGGUCACAGGGGUGAUUGAUGAAGAAAAUUCGGGGAAUAAUUCACAGGCACUUACGUUCGUAUACCCUUACGGGGCCACACUGAAUGUGAUGAAGCCGGCGGUGGCCGUCCUGUCCACUGGAUCUGUGUGUUUUCCUCUCAACAGGCCUGUUCUGGCCUUCCAUCAGCUGAAGAACGCUGGCAAGUUGGCAGUUCUGGGCUCGUGUCACAUGUUCAGUGACCAGUACCUGGACAAGGAGGAGAACAGUAAAAUCAUGGAUGUUGUGUUCCAGUGGCUCACAACCGACAGUGUUCCUCUCAACCAGAUCGACGCAGAGGACCCGGAGAUCACAGACUACACCAUGCUGCCGGACACUGGGAGUCUGUCCGAGCGUCUGAGGGUGUGUCUGCAGGAGGGAGACGAGAAUCCGCGAGAUUUCACAUCUCUUUUUGACACGUCUCUGCUGAAGCUGCACACAAACACUCUUCCCUCAGUCCUGGAUGCUUACAAGCAGCUGAAUGUAAAACAUGAAGCUCUGCAGCUGAUCACGCCUCAGUUUGAAACACCUCUGCCUCCUCUGCAGCCGGCCGUCUUUCAGCCGGCGUUUAGGGACCUUCCUCCACCCAUGCUGGACCUCUUUGACCUUGAUGAAACCUUUUCCUCUGAGAAAGUGAGGCUGGCUCAGCUCUCAAACAAGUGUACCGACGAUGACCUUGAGUUUUAUGUGCGUAAAUGUGGAGACAUCUUAGGAGUGACAGGGAAGCUGGACAAGGAAAAACGAGAUGCCAAGCACAUACUGGAACACGUCUUCUUCCAGGUGGUGGAGUUCAAGAAGCUCAAUGUAGAGCAUGAUAUCGACACCACAGAAGCACGGUUCAACAUGUACUGAUGCAGACCAUGGAGCUGAGGAGUAUCAGAACAAAGACUUGUUUUGGAGAUGUGUGUGUGUGUGUGUGUGUGUGUGUGUAUAUACAGUAUAAACACUCAAACUGCAACCGGAUCAUAUCCACAUUGCUUCAAGAACAGUCAGGUGUGCUUCAUCAGACCUCUCUUAAGUCGAUGGUUUAAAGAAUUCACAAGCUUUCUUGUAACAUUUGAGUUUUUUCAAUAAAUGAGUUUUGUUUUCUCA